GGGGACGAUACCUCAAAACUCAAGACUCUUGUUUUGGAUUGGGUCAAUUGUGAAUUUAGGCCCAACCCUCUGAUCGACGUCGACGAUAAACAUUCCCAUGGAUUUACCAGUGAUGCAUGUGGAAAGUUACUUUGUCCGGCUGAACUUGAUUGGAAUGAUCCUGUUGUUAGGGCAGGGAUUCGAGACCACUCUGAUGGUCACAUUGUGACGGAUCUCUCUUUCCUGGUGUUUCUUUAUGACAAGUACGUUGCUGAUCCGGAAAAUCCGGAGGAAGGCUUUUUCAAGGGGAAAAUCCUGCUGCAGGGCUAUAAAGCCGUGUUCACGUCACCCUCUUCAGCGAAGGACAUGGAGGGUGAUGGUGACGGUGCUGAUGUCAUUCAGAAUAACAGGCGCGCUAACAAGGCAGUGCUUGCUGGAAUCAAAGUCAAGAAACAUGUGGCCCAGAUUAUGAAGAUGGAGAAAGUCACACCUCGCUCGAUAGCAUACAUCGCUUGUCAAGUGCGAUUUUCCCUUUCUUCUGUCACAUCAUGGUGGUCUGUCGAUGGUGACUUCGAUUAUAUACAGUUCUGGCAGACUAUCAUAGAUUCCUUCGAGAGAUCCCCUGGUCGAGAAGCGCAGCAUAGGGUCGACAAACUUCUCGAAUGGUGGACCAGGUGUGACAUCUAAUAUACCCUGAACAAACCUCGACUGAUCUCAUGUUGUUCAGGAAGGUUUUUGGAAGAAGUCGCC